AUGACGACCGACGCCCAGAACAUCACUGCCACCAAUGGCACACACACCAAUGGCACCAACGGUGCUAACGGUACUAACGGUGUCAAUGGUUCCAAUGGUACCAACGGUACCAAUGGCACGAAUGGCUUCAACGGCCACACCAAUGGCAAUGGAGUUAACGGCAAUGGCGUCAACAGCAACGGUGUCAAUCGCACAAACGGCACCAACGGUGUGCAUACCAAUGGUGCCUCUACAAAUGGAACUCAUGUCAACGGGUCAAACACAUCCAAGGGCUCUGGUGCAGUCGAAAUCGCCAUCUGUGGAAUGGCGUGCCGUCUUCCUGGCGGCCUUCACACUCCUGAACAGCUAUGGGAGUUUCUUGUGGCAAAGGGAGACGCUCGAACACGCGUUCCUGAGUCUCGAUACAACGUCGAUGCCUAUCACUCUCCCCACGUCAAGCCUGGAUCAGUCAAGUCCGAGUACGGCUAUUUCCUCGACGAGAGCAUCAACCUGGGCAGUUUGGACGGAUCAUUCUUCAACUUGGGCCGGACUGAGGCAGAGCGUGCCGAUCCUCACCAGAGGCAGAUGCUAGAGGUUGUUCGGGAGGCUAUCGACGAUGCAGGUGAGACAAAGCUCAGAGGAGGCUUGGUAGGUUGCUACAUGGGUAGCUUCGGUGAGGAUUGGAUCGAGAUGUGGGCAAAGGAGCCUCAGCAGUGGGGAAUGCAUCGUGUUGGAGGUUAUGGAGACUUUCUCUUGUCGAAUCGUAUCUCGUAUGAGAUGGAUCUUCAUGGACCCAGUAUGACGGUCCGCACUGGAUGCUCGGCCGCUCUUGUCUGCCUCCAUGAAGCAUGUGUCGCUAUUCAGCGAGGCGACUGUACUUCCGCCAUUGUCGGAGGUGCCAACCUCAUCCUGGCCCCCAACAUGACCACUGCCAUGACUGAGCAGGGCGUCCUUUCUCCCGAUGGCUCUUGCAAGAGUUUCUCGGCUGAUGCCGAUGGUUACGGUCGUGGUGAGGCCAUUACUGCCAUCUACAUCAAGCCUUUGGAGGCAGCUUUGAGAGACAACAACCCCAUCCGAGCUGUCAUUCGGGCGACUGCCACAAACCACGAUGGCAAGACUCCAGGUUUGACUCAUCCCAACACGUUGGCUCAUGAGUCAAUGAUGAGAAAGGCAUACAAGGAUGCUGGCUUCGAUGUCUCGCAAACCGGAUUCGUCGAGUGUCACGGCACAGGCACUCCUGUCGGUGAUCCCAUCGAGGCCAACGCCGUCGCACGAGUCUUUGGCGACAAGGGUGUUCACAUCGGUUCAGUCAAACCAAACCUCGGCCACUCAGAGGGAGCAUCUGGUCUCACCUCGCUUCUCAAGGUUGUCAUGGCUCUUCAGCACCGCACGAUCCCACCGAACAUCAAGUUCAACACCCCGAACCCAAACAUUCCCUUUGAGUCGAGGAAGUUGACUGUUCCUGUUGAGCCUACUCCUUGGCCUGAGGAUCGAUACGAGAGAGCCAGUGUCAACUCUUUCGGCAUUGGUGGUGCCAAUGCACACGUUAUCAUUGACUCUGCCCGGAGCUUCAAUGUUGAGACAAAGACCAAGAAUACUUCUCGUACACCUCAACUGCUUGUCUACUCGGCAAACUCGGCUGAUUCUCUCAAGAGAAUGGCUGAAGGUUACCAGGAGUUCCUUGGCCGUCACCCUGAGAGUUUUGGGGAUCUGGCAUACACCCUUGCCAACCGUCGUCAGCAUCUUACCCACCGAGCCUUUGUGGUAGCUUCACGAGAGAGAGCUGGUCUCAUCUCUCCCACUUCUCGAGUUGGCCAGGCACCUAGUGUCGUCAUGGUCUUUACUGGUCAGGGCGCCCAAUGGCCUCUGAUGGCCAAGGAGAUGCUAUACUCCAACGAGACCUUUAGGACUACCAUCCGAUCUCUUGAUGAGCACCUUCGAUCUAUCCCCGGUGGUCCUGACUGGGGCCUUGAGGAGGAAUUGUUGAAGCCUCCCAGGUCUAGCAGGGUGGAAACGGCACAGCUUUCUCAACCCGCCUGCACUGCCAUCCAGCUGGCCAUGAUCGAUGCCCUCGCCGCCAUUGGCAUCAAUCCCAUGGCUGUCGUCGGUCACUCUAGUGGUGAGAUUGCUGCAGCUUAUGCCGCCGGUGCUCUUACCGCCCAGGAGGCGAUCACCGCAGCAUGGCUCAGAGGCGACGUCACUCUUCAGCAGAAGAGAAAGGGUGCAAUGGCAGCCAUUGGACUGGGUUGGGACGAGGUUGAGUCCUUCCUUGUUCCCGGAGUUGUCAGGGCAUGUGAGAACUCUCCCAAGAGUGUCACCUUGUCUGGAGACACCGACAAGCUCCAGGCAGUUGUCGCCGAAAUCCACAAGGCCUAUCCUGAUGCCCUCGCCAGGAUGCUCAAGGUCGAUAAGGCCUACCACUCUUAUCACAUGGCAGAGAUUGGCGGGGAGUACAACUCACGAAUGAAGGAACACAAGGUUGUCGGCCGCGCUCCUACCAACUGCGCUUUCUUCAGCAGUGUCACCGGCAAGCUCCUUGAUACCAAGGCCACUCUCGGACCCAAGUACUGGCAGACCAAUCUCGAGUCUCCAGUCAUGUUCUCUACUGCAGUCACCGGCAUUCUUGACGAUCCUAUCGGCAAGAACAUCUGCUUCCUCGAGAUCGGUCCUCACUCUGCUCUGUCGGGCCCUCUCCGACAGAUUGCAGCUGAAAAGUCGAUGACGGUGCCUUAUGCUGCCGCCAUGAUUCGCAAACAGAACUGCAUCGAGUCGUUCCUGACAGCUAUCGGAAAGCUCUUCUGUCAGAACGUUUCCGUCGACUUUGCUGCUCUUGUGCCAGAUGGUGCCUGCCUGCCUGACCUCCCAAGAUACCCUUGGAACCAUGAGGAGAGCUACUGGUACGAGUCAAGGAUCUCCAAGGAAUGGCGUCACCGUGGAUUUCCAUACCACGAUCUUCUUGGCUUCCGUGUGGCAGAGAGCACUGAUAUGGAGCCCACCUGGCGUAACCUCCUCCACCUGGACAAUGUCCCCUGGGUUCGAGACCACAUCAUCGGGGAGAACGCAGUCUUCCCCUUUGCUGGUUACGUUGCUAUGAUUGGCGAAGCAAUCCGACAGACUACGGGCGUCCAGGAAGCCUAUGCCCUCCGCCACGUUCUUGUCAACGCAGCGCUGCUCCUCACUGAGGGUCAUCCUGUCGAGGUUAUGACAACGUUCCGCCCUUAUCGUCUGACGGACUCGCUCGACAGCUCCUGGUGGGAGUUUACCAUUGCUUCACACAAUGGCCAUGCCUGGACGAAGCACUGUACCGGUCAAGUCAAGGCCGUAUCAGAGGGUCCGGAGGAGAGUCAGGCUCAAGAGCCCCUACCCCGAAGGUUGGGCUCACGCAAGUGCUAUGAGACGAUGCACAAGGCUGGCCUCUGCUACGGUCGCCAAUUCCAGCGUCUCGAAGACAUUUCGUCAGGAACAUUGCAACAAGUCGCAGCAGCCAAGGUACUCAACAACAAGGUCGGCGAUGAGGCCAAUUAUCACCUUCACCCCGUCAUCGUCGAUGCCUGCCUGCAGUUGCUCAGUGUCGCCGCCACAAAGGGCUUCACUACCAAGCCUGUCAUGUCUGUCCCCACCACCAUUGAGAAGCUUGUCAUCUACCGUUCUGUCGGGGACGUUACCCUUGACGUUUCGGCCACCAUGAGCCGCUUUGGAUCUAUCGCGGGUGAAGGCAAGGGAGUCGCCGAUGGACAGACAGUCCUCAAAAUGGCAGGAGUACGACUCGCUGCUCUGGAGGACGGCAGUGCUGGAGAAGGGCGAACCGACCAAGCCACCACUCGAUACGAAUGGGGUCCUCACUUGGACUUUAUGGACGCCGCGGCUCUUCUAAAGCCCGAUGCCCACCGAGCCAGAUACACGCCAGAGCUUGAGGAGAUGACUCGCCUCUGCCUGCUGUACUCGCACCGGCAGCUGGCCGGAGCCGAGACGACAGUGCCACACAUGCAAAGGUACCAAGAGUGGAUUCACGAUCAGCUUCGUUGCACGGAGAGCUCGACUUUUGGAGAUGGAACAGACGAAGACAUCAUGGAGAGAAUCACCGACCUUACCGAAGAACUGUCCAACACUGCUGCUGCCGACGUCGCCAAUGCCAUGUUCAAGAUCUGCUCCGACAUCAACGGCAUCUUUGAUGGACAGACCGACGCCAUGGAAGUGAUCCUCGCUGGAGAUACUCUUUCCAAGGUCUUUGCCUUCCGAGACUACUUUGACCGCUCUACGUUCCUCCAUCACCUCGCGCACAGCAAGCCCAGUCUCAAGGUCCUUGAGGUUGGUGCUGGCACUGGCGCUCCGACAGUCGACGCCUGGACGGAUCUCAGCUUCCCAGACGGUCGCAUCUACUAUUCGGAGUACACCAUCACAGAUGUCAGCUCGAGUCUGCUACUUGACAACAAGGAGCGAACCAAAGGUCUCGCCAACAUCCGCCAUGCUGUUCUGAAUCUUGGUCAGGACCCCGUCGAGCAGGACUUCAAGGAAGGAGACUACGAUCUCGUCAUCGCAACCAAUGCCGUCCAUGCUACAAAGUCCAUCUCUGAGACCCUGAAGAAUAUCAGGAAGCUUCUUCGACCCAACGGUAGACUCUUGUUGCAGGAACUGAAUCCCUCAUGCAAGUGGCCCAACUACAUCUUUGGUGUCUUGAAGUGGUGGUGGUGUGGUGCCGCCGAUGGUCGUAUCCAGGAGCCUUACGUGUCUACUGAGGCAUGGAAGGCUGCACUUGUUGCCGCAGGGUUCGAUGAGACUGCCGUUACUCCAGGCUCAGACACAUCUCUCCAAGAGAAUACCAUCAUCAUUGCCAAGCCUCUCGUUGAAGAGAAGACUGUCGGUCAGGAAGUGACACUUCUCUGUCCUUCUGGUGACAGCUCUGCGCAACAACUCACUGAGCUUCUGACCAAGCAAGGUCUUGUUGUCAACCAGUGCAGCCCUGACGAGAUUCCCCCUCCGGAUCAAGAGGUGCUCGUUCUCCUGGAAAAGGACGAGCCAUUCUUCGAAAACAUCACCGAGACCCAGUUCGAGAACUUCAAGAAGCUCGUUGAUGGAGCUGGUGAUGCUGGUAUCUUCUGGGUCACCCGCCCCAGCCAGACGCAGUGUGUCAGCCCUGCCUACGCCCAGGUUGUCGGUGCUGCCCGUACCAUCCGCAGCGAGAUGGCUGUCAACUUUGCGACAUGCGAGGUCGACGAUAUCGACUCCUCCCUCGAGCAGAUUGCAAGCGUCUUUACCAGAUUCUUGGCUCGCGACAACGAACGAUGCGAGUGGCUGCAUCCCGACUACGAGUACGCGAUUAAGGACGGAAUGGUCCAGAUUGGACGAUAUUAUCCUUUCUCGCUAAGCCAAGAGUUAUUGACUGCCAACGCAACUGAGCCCAUUGUUCUCGAUACCAAGAAGCCCGGUCUUCUCAACGCCCUUACUUGGUCCCGCCGAGUGGCGAAGCCUCUUCUUGGUGAUGAUGUGGAGGUUGAUGUGUAUGCUGGCGGCCUCAACUUCAGAGAUGUUCUCAGUGCCAAUGGCAUCAUCGAUAUCCCUGAGGAGGGAUUCGGUCUGGAAGCAACCGGAGUGGUCACUCGUCUCGGCCCCGACGUCAAAGACCUGCGCGUGGGCGAUCGCGUGAUCCUCUUCAGCAGGGGUUCCUUCUCCACUUCCAUCAUUACUUCGGAGAAGCUCUGCGAGGUUAUCCCCGACGAGCUGAGCUUCGAGGAGGGUGCAACAAUGCCGUGUGUUUACGCCACAGCCAUCUACUCUCUGAUUGACAUUGGCGGCCUCAAGCGCGGACAGUCUGUUCUUAUUCACAGCGCCUGCGGCGGCGUAGGCAUCGCGGCCAUCCAAGUCGCGCGCAUGCUCGGAGCCGAGAUCUACGUGACGGUCGGCAGCGAGGUCAAGGUCAACUACCUCAUGGACACCUUUGGCAUCCCUCGAAACAGGAUCUUCAACUCUCGCAACGACACCUUUGUCGAAGGAGUCUUCCGAGAGACUAACGGUGUUGGAGUUGAUCUCGUCCUCAACUCGCUUUCGGGCGAGCUGCUUCACGCCACUUGGCGAUGUGUUGCCGAGUUUGGCAAGAUGGUCGAGAUCGGCAAGCGAGAUCUCUUGGGCUCUGGAAAGCUUGACAUGGACGUCUUCAUGGCCAACCGAAGCUACUGCUGUGUUGACAUGGACCAGAUGUGCUCCAAGAGGCGAUCCAUCUGCAAAGAACUUCUCAAGGCUGUUGUCCGCUAUUACAAGGAAGGCCACAUUGCUCCUGUCAGCCCGAACAAGGUCUUUGAUGCCGACGUCGUGCAAGAUGCUUUCCGCUACAUGCAACGGGGUCUGCAUAUCGGCAAGAUCGUCAUCUCGAUCCGCGGCUCAGACGGUGCGCUCAAGUUUGACAGCGACAGCGCGACCCGGCCUAAGGUGGUUGAACUUGACAAGUCAGCCUCUUACCUUCUAAUCGGAGGCUUGGGUGGCAUUGGACGCUCUGUGUCGCGAUGGAUGGUUGAGCAUGGCGCUCGCCACCUUGUCUACCUCUCACGAAGCGCUGGCUCACGUCCAGGAGAGCAAGCCAUUGUUCAUGAGCUUGAGAGCAUGGGUUGCCAAGUUCAACUAAUCCAAGGAAGUGUCUCUGUCUUGGAGGACGUCAACAGAGCCAUCGAGGCCGCUCCCAAGUUGAAGGGUGUUUUGCAAAUGUCCAUGGUUCUUCGAGACAAUGCCGUGUCUCGCAUGUCUUAUGAAGACUGGACAACUGCUGUCGAACCCAAGAUCAAGGGAACUUGGAACCUUCACCAGGCCACUGUGUCCGCUGGCUGCGAGUUGGACUUUUUCCUCCUCUUUUCUUCCAUCUCCGGCAUCAUUGGACAACCAGGCCAGGCCAACUACUCCAGUGCCAGCGCUUUCUUGGAUAGCUUCGUUCAGUGCCGCGCCGACCUAGGCCUUCCAGCGUCUACCGUUGACAUUGGCGAUGUUACUGAUAUUGGUGUCAUCUCUGGCGAUGAUGGCCUCAAGCGUGUCAUGAAGCUGACGGGAGCCUACGGAAUCAACGAGCAGGAACUUUUGGACGCCAUCGCCAUCAUGCGUGGCCCAGCCUCGACUUUUGUGACUCACAACAACUUCGUUGUUGGUCUUGCUUCAGCUACUCCUCUCGAGAGUGCUGACAAUCGGUCAAUCUGGCGAAAGGACAUGCGAAUGGCCAUGUACCACAACACCAGUCUUGGAGCCAGCGCGCGUUCCGGCUCGUCCAACGAUAGUCUGAAUGCCUUCCUCGGUAGUGUUCGUCGUGAUGCGGGAAGACUAAGAGAGGGCGCCACGGCUGCCACUCUUGCAAAGGAGAUUGGAAAGAAGUUGCUCAGUCUGAUCAUGAAGCCCGAGGAGGACUUGGUCACUUCAACGCCCUUGGCGAAUCUGGGCAUGGACUCGCUGGUUGCUAUCGAGAUGAGGACUUGGUGGAGGCAGACUUUUGGCUUUGACAUUAGUGUCCUGGAGAUUAUGGGCAUGGCCAGCUUGGACGCCCUUGGCAGCCACGCUGCGGCGGGCAUGUUGAAGGCUUUGGAGGAUGGGCAGUGA